AUGGCCAUGAAUGACCUUGAGGAGUCGAUUGCUGGCAUUAUUCGCCUAUCUUCUUUUUCUUGUCAUGAGGAAGAAGUAUCUUCGGACACAUGGCAAAAACUCUCUUUAUCUAUCAAUAAUUUAUUCAAAAAUUUGAGGGAUACUAAUGUCGCCUUUAAUGAACUUCCUCAUAGAUCACUAAUACAUUUACUUGUAAUAGUCUAUGGCGUUGCUGGGAAUUUUCAAUCUUCAAAGAAGUUAACAAGCCUUGAUAGUGAAAUCGUGAGUCUGACCUAUGUGGUUGUAGACAAAAUCGCGUCAUCUUUUAAUACUUCAGGGUGUCUUGAGCUCCUGAAUACACAUAUUGGCAGUGAUCAUCUUAAAAAUGAAGUUAUAUAUGAUCUUGUUCUUCAAGAAACAACAAGACUUAUCACACACCUUUCGAACGGCUGUGACACCAGUCCUCUGUGCAAGGGUCCAAUUUUUCGAGAUGCGCUCCUCUUUGCAACCUUAUCGGCAAAAUAUCCUACCCUAGGCGAUAGCUGUCAAUUAAGUAUCCUGCAUCCUUUUUCUCUUCAAUUGCUUGAAGAUUAUCGUAUCAACAUUAAGCAACGUGGUCUUGCGUUAUUACUACAUUUAAGCGACCAAUUCUUACUACCAACGUGGCGUCUUAGCGGUCGAGCUAUGGCGACUUUAGAAGCUCUUGCAAUUCAGCGAAUUACCAGCGGACAAAAUAUGACAUUUCUCGAUUCGGUUAACUCGUGCAGCCUUCAGUUCAUUAGAAAAUUAGAGCCUCAGGAUUCUCUCAUUUGGGCAGAAAAGUUUAUGGAACAACUUUUAGUUGACGCGAACUUAGAAGGGAAUCUUGAGAAACGCCUUCUUCUUUUAAACUCCAUAUUGGCCACCAUGGAAAUUCUUGAUAAACGAAUAUCGAUUCAAUCAAAGCGACUUAUAGAGGUUAUUCAAAAUGCUAUUUUAGCUCCUCCACAGCCUGCUUUUAAAACGGACGCGAAGGAAAAGGAACAAGCCUCCCACCUACAGUCACUGAAGAUUUUAUCAGUUUUCGUCGAUCUUACCAUCGAUAUUCUAUAUCCAGAUUUGAUUGAAAUGGUUGUUCCGCCUUUGAGCGUAUUCUAUGAGCUUACAAGUGAAAGAGUUAAGUUAACAUCUAGCGAUCCUUUCCUUGAAUCCAUAUCUGAGUCAAUCGUUAAAAUAUUUGUGAAGCUGGCUUCCCCAGAUACUGAGUCUUUCCGUGUCCUUCUCAAAAAGAUGUCCUUAAAUUUCCCCUCUCUGGAAAACAUCGCCUGUGAAUGCACUUUGUAA